AUGACCGGUCAAUGGCCGACGAAGCCCGAGUCAACCAUGUCAUCAUUUGUGCGAGUUCUACACGAGUUCUACACGCCUUUUCUGCUCUCGAUUCUUACCUUUACUCACAAUUCACACAUGAUAGUGAUACCAAAAUUCGACAUGGCAGCAUCACUCGGUAAACGUAUUGUCUUCACCGGAGGGUCCGGCAAGGCUGGGAGACACUGCAUUCCAUACCUCCUCGAAAAAGGCCAUCAAGUUCUCAACUUGGACCUGUUGGACUUCCCGAAAGAUCAUCUUCCAGCUGGAAAAAGCGUCUAUACCAUGAAGACCGACCUCACCGAUGGUGCCCAGACAUUCAACGCCUUGUCAUCACUUUUCUCCAUGGACGAAUACGAACUGCCGAAGCACCCUGGACCACCGGACGCAGUCAUACACUUUGCAGCAUAUGCUCGCAACAUGAUUGUGCCCGAUAGCGAAACGUUCCGUGGCAACGUCAUGAGCACGUAUAAUGUGAUCGAGGCUGCGUGCAAACUGGGCGUCAAGAAAAUCAUCAUUGCCAGCAGUGAAACCACAUAUGGUGUCUGCUUCAGCCAAGGCGACGACGAUUACCAUUCUUUCCCACUCGAGGAAGAUAGCUAUGACCGCAACCCAAUGGACACUUAUGCCUGUUCUAAAUUGACGGGGGAACGCAUCGCUCGGAGCUUUGCACGGCGGUUCGACAUUGAUAUCUAUGCCUUGAUCAUCGGCAAUGUCAUUGAGCCACACGAAUACGCGAGGGACUUUCCGCGCCACGUGGGUAAGCCAGAGACCAGGAAGAGAAAUGCUUGGAGUUAUAUCGACGCGCGAGACCUUGGGCAAAUUUGUGACCUGUGUGUUGCAAAGUCCGGAUUGGGAUUCCAGGUGUUCAACGCGACCAACGACACCAUCACGACAUCGAUCCCCACGGCGGAGUUUUUGAAAAAGACGUGCCCCAACACACCAAUCUCCCGAAAGAUGGGUGAAUGGGAGGCCCCACUGUCCAACAAGAAGAUCCGAGAUGUUCUGGGUUUCAAGGAUGUUCAUGACUGGCGGAAGUACUAUACCCAUAAAGACUGA